UCUCUCCAAGUGCAGUCCAUGGUAUAGCCCGAUGUGCAGCCAUUGUCCAUUCUACCUAAAGUCCACGACUACAAUAUCUUUGAUCGCGUUAAAGCCGUAGCCCGUAGUCAUUACUCAUUAAACAACAUCGCGACAAUCCACUUCAUGAUCUGCCGAAUGAGUGUUACAUGACGCCACGACCCACUGCUUCUAUCAGCAAUCGUAAAAUUUCGUUUCCAUAACAAAACAAACCAUUCUGAAACGCCUGGAUAACUGCAUUGGGUAUAUGUCGGAAUAUGUACAGUUAAUAUAAUUUAUCAAUCAACGCUAUUAUAAUAACCAAAUUUAUAUUCCUACUCAAACACUCAGUCAAUUACUAUUGAUAUUGAUUUAGACCAAUCAGUUAAUUAUCCCUUUAAAAUGAAUACUAAUGCAUAUCCCAAGAAAAAAAAUAUGCGCAAGACAAUUAGUACUCAAAUAUCAAAAAGAUGGUCUAAUACCAACAAGCAUGGAAAAAAUAUGAAAAUCAAACCAAAUGAAAAACUACAUUAUAACGGCACCAUUUCUCAUUGUAUGCUAAAAAGGAUUAGAGCAGAAGAAGCAUCGAGUAUACAACUUCUUGCAAAUCUUAAUAUUUUGUUGGCUGACGAAAAGGCCCGUCAAGCUAUUAAUUUAAAACAUUCAGAACUUAAAAAAAAAGUUCUUGAAGCAGAAGAAAAAUUAUUGAAGCUUGGUGUAAAAACAUCAACAUUUUCAGCAUUCCGUCCUAAAGAAGAAGAUAUAACUCCAGACAUUGAAGUUACUGAUGAUCCUAGACUUGAACAAUUAUUAAGAUGUGAAAUUGCCACAAAUAGUUGGCCAGUUCGUGAAGAAGUAUUCCGAAAAUUUAAUGUGCCACUUAUUCAGGUGAACACUAAACGUAUGUCAAACUGAUUAGGUCCGGUUUUUCAGUCAUAUUUAACUGCUAGUUAGAGACAUUUAACUACCAGUUAAAUUUAACAGAGAGUUAA